AUGAUGCUAGAAGGAAAUAAGAGAGAAUUAAAGUACUUUGAGAAUCUCACACUGAGAAGGAUGUUGGCCAAGCUAGUCGAGCUAGAAAAAAUUGUCCAUGUCGCCGUCGAGGAUUACGAGACCACUCGGGCUGGAGCCGAAGGGAACGAAAUUUACAUCGGCGAGCUUGGGACCCACGUCCUCAACAGUCCACUGGCAGCCAGGGGAGGUCCGUUUCGAACGGAUACCAAUGAAACUUACAAGUGA